UAAAAGCGUAAACGUCAGUUGUUGACUAUUCUUUAUUACACUUAUUUUUGCCAAAUACACUCGAAAUAAAUAAAUAGUUUAGUAUAUUGUAAAACUGUGGUGAUUUUAAAAUGUCCAGUGAGUCUGUGAAAAACUUCUCAAGUUUGGAAACGCCAGGGUAUGUUGGUUUUGCUAAUUUGCCAAAUCAAGUUCACAGAAAGUCUGUGAAAAAAGGUUUUGAGUUUACUUUAAUGGUAGUUGGAGAGAGUGGGCUUGGAAAGUCUACUUUAGUUACCUCUUUAUUUUUGACUGAUUUAUAUCCAGAAAGACUUAUUCCAGAUGCUGUGGAAAAAAUGAAACAGACUGUGAGAUUAGAACCUUCUACUGUUGAGAUAGAAGAAAGGGGUGUAAAACUGAGACUCACUGUAGUCGAUACUCCAGGAUAUGGAGAUGCAAUUGACAAUAGGGAUUCUUUUGAUGAAAUAAUUGGUUAUAUUAACCAACAAUUUGAGCGAUUUUUAAAAGACGAAUCUGGUUUAAAUCGAAAGAACAUCAUGGACAAUAGAGUACAUUGUUGCUUCUACUUCAUCUCACCUUUUGGGCAUGGGUUAAAACCAUUAGAUAUAGAGUUUAUGAAGAAGCUUCAUAAUAAAGUAAACAUAGUUCCUGUGAUUGCCAAAGCUGACGUUUUAACAAAAAAAGAAAUGCAGAAAUUAAAGAAAACUGUACUGGAUGAAAUUGCUCAAAACGGAAUAAGAAUAUACUCCCUUCCUGAAUGUGAUUCGGAUGAAGAUGAGGAAUAUAAGGAACAGGUACGUCAAUUAAAACAAGCUGUUCCUUUCGCUGUUUGUGGAGCAAACACCGAAUUAGAAGUAAGGGGACGAAAGGUAAAAGGACGCUUGUAUCCAUGGGGAGUAGUUGAAGUUGAGAAUCCCGAACACUGUGAUUUUAUCAAAUUAAGAACAAUGUUAAUAACGCACAUGCAAGAUCUCCAGGAGAUUACGCAACAAGUACAUUAUGAGAACUACAGAUCUGAAAGAUUGGCCAAAGAGGGUCCCGUAGCUAAGAGAAAUCCUGGGGAUGAAAAAGCAGCUCCAGCUGGUGAUAAAGAUAGAAUCCUGCAAGAAAAAGAAGCUGAGUUAAAGAGAAUGCAAGAGAUGAUAGCCGCAAUGCAAGCCAAAAUGCAACAAACAACGCAGUAAUUUUUACUUUGUAAUAUAUGUGUUAAGGUUUACAUAUCUUGAAAUUGCCUAUACCGUUAACCAUAUUCAUUAAGAAUUUCUUGAUAUUAAUUAAA